GCUGCAACUAUCGACUCGAAAGUAAGUUAGUAGUUACCAUAUAUCACUCAUAUUAAGAUUACUGAUUACAAUAACGGUUAACAAACAAUUUAAUAGUAAAGUUUCUUAGAGUUAAUGCCUCCUCUAUUUAUUACUGUUGUUUUUCAGCGUACAGAAUUAAGUAUUGAUGAUAAUGAUGAAGAUGAUCGACCAGAUGAGCAGCCACAAAUAGUUUUUGAUCCAUGUUCUGAUGUUCAUGAAUUAGAAGCAAGAGCAUUUAUUAAACAAUGGCAGUAUGAACAUAAACUUGGUCACAUAGAAGAAACAAAUGUGAAAAAUGAAGAACCAGGCGUACCAAGUCGAAUAAUGUUUCGAUCUGCUGAAGAACGUUGUUCCGAUGGUAAAUUCCCGGUAAAGAGGUCAGUUAGUGAGAUUCAUUCAAAUAAUCGACCACUACCACCUCAACAACAAAAACGGUCUAUCCGAGAUCGUUCACCCAUUGAUUCUAAACGUAAAGACACGAAAUGUUCAUUGUUAUCAUUUGAUCUGGACGAAGAUGAAGGAUAGAUUAUAAUUAUUGUUAUUCCCAAUAAUGUUUGACGCUCUUAUUAUUGUAACAUAUUUUUUUUUCAUUAUCCUUUGGUGUAUAUGUUGAGUAAUUAUAGCGAAAUAUAUUCACUACUCAAAUA